AUGAACCAAAUCAAGCAGGUCCAGCGCCUUAACGAGCGCGAACUCGAAAAGGUCGUCCCCUCCAACGCAUCAUGGCACACCGACUACCGCGACACAGCCUACAUCUACGUCGGUGGCCUCAACCUCGACCUGUCUGAAGGAGACAUCAUCACAAUCUUCUCGCAAUAUGGCGAACCCGUCUGGAUCCGCCUCAUGCGCGACAAGGAAACUGGAAAGAGCAGGGGCUUUUGUUGGCUAAAAUACGAGGACCAAAGGAGUUGCGACCUGGCCGUCGACAAUCUCGGCGGCGCCACUGUCAUGGGCAAGAUGCUCGCUGUCGAUCACACAAGAUACAAGAAACGA